CUCGCAAACAAAUUCACACCAGUACUUGAAUUCAAAACCCUCACCCAGUCACCCUCCCCUAACUCUCUCUUUCUCAAAAUCAACCAGAAAACCAAAGGAAAAAGGGGCGGAUAAUGGCUGACGGUUCUUCGUUGAGGAAACAAAACGUACCUGGUAACCGGAAGAGAAAAAACCCCAUCGACGACGUCGACGAUUAUUCUGAAGCCGACGAGAGCGACGAUUGCGAGAUAAAGGUGAUGACCGCCAACGGUAGGAUAAUCUCUCUUGAAGUCAAAGAAUUAGACACCAUUCGCACCAUUAAACUCCAGAUUGAGGAUAGAGAAGGUAUUUCGUGUUGCCAGCAGGAACUGAUCUUCAAUGAAAUGCUUCUUCAUGACACCGAUACCCUUGAGGACUUGUGCAUCGACAAGGGAUCUACCCUCAAACUUAUGCGCAACUCAAGGAUGAAUAUAUUUGUGCAGACACCUGGCCCCUACCAUUUGAUUUAUUCGCUUCAAGUCAAACCCUCAGACACCAUCGGCAAUGUGAAAGCCAAGCUGCAUAGUCAUUAUGGUUGUAUUUGGGAUGUGCUGGUCUUCAAUGAAAUCGUCCUCGACGACGAUAAUGACACGCUUGCUGACUUCAACAUUAUCAACGGAUCCACCCUCACAUGCAUUUCUAAAUCUGUGAAAUCGAUGGAAAUAUAUGUGGAUUCUUACACCAGAAAAACCAUCUCUUUGUCCGUCCACCGCACAGACACCAUCACCAAAGUGAAAUCGGAGAUCGAGCAUAGGGAAGGUAUUCCUAUUGAUGAGCAGGUGUUAAUCUUCAACAUAAUGGUUCUUGAGGACCGUGGGACCAUUCUCGACUUCCAGAUCAACAGGAAAUCAACCCUCACGCUUUUGCAUAGAUCAAGGGGAUCCAUAAAGAUGUCCCUCACUGGAGAGGGAUUAGUGAAGAUAUUCAUCAAGACCCUCACCGGAGAUCAGACCAUUACUCUGGAAGUCAAACCCUCAUACACCAUCCACAACAUAAAAGCCAGGAUCCAGGAUGAGGUGCAUAUUCCACUUGAAGCUCAGGAGUUGAUCUUCAACAAGAUGGUUCUCCACGACACCGAUACCCUUGCUAGCUAUAACAUCAACAAUAAAUCAACACUUACGGUUAUGCGUAUAUCACGGGUAUUCAUGCACAUAUUUAUCAAGACCCCUAAUGGAAAGACCAUUACUCUAAAAGUCAAACCCUCAUGCACCAUCCAGAAGGUGAAAUCCACGAUCUAUAAUUUGACAGGCAUUCCCCACUGCCACCAAGGACUGGUAUUUAACGGAAAGCUACUGGGGGAUGGCCAAUACGUAAAGCAAUUGGGGGAUAGCCGUACCCUUGCCGAUUAUGACGUCCACCAUGAAUCAACCAUCCAUAUUGUUUUAAGAUUAAGGGGAGGGAUGAAUUAGAGAAGCCCAUCUUAUGAUCUAUAUAGUAUAAAAGACUAUAUCUUGUGUCUUUUGAUGUAGCUCUUCUCUUUUAACUUUUUUGUCUACAAGUGUUUAGUUAAUGUAGUUGGAAGGCUUCACCACAAAAGUGUUGUAAAUUUUGACUGAUUUAAACACACCAAAAGAAAUAAAAGUUAAUCCAUUUGACAA